AUGACAAUCGAGAGGCCAGUACUGGAAGAAUUAGUACAGAAAGAUUCGUUGAAUGUUAAGGAAGUGGAGUUAUUUAGGGCUGUCGAUUGCUGGGCUGGAAGAGAAUGUAAAAGGCAAGGUCCUAUAGCAGGAGGAUCUGUGAAAAGGAAGAUUCUGGUAGAAAAGAUAAUCAAGGGAAUUCGUUUCCCAGUGAUGGAAGAGAAAGAGUUUGACAGUGUUCUGGUCUGUGGGAUACUGACCCAGAAAGAAACGUGCGACUUGGUGACGUUUUUCGACUCUGUACCAAAUACUUCACUUGACUCAGACUUUUGUAAAGUAAAACGGAAAGUUUCUCCUUACCGAGUUUCCAGAUUUCCAUCGUUGGCGUAUCAUGGAAGUUGGGAACAUUCAUACGAAUAUUACGAUAUGAUAGUACUCUCCUUCGACAAAGACAUAAAUCUGUGCACAGUUCGUCUUUUUGGUAGCAAAGACCAUGAAUUUCGUGUGACCUUGUGUAUAAAGGUAGAGCAAAAUAAGAUGGUAAUCGUCGACACUAAAGAAGCCAAAUUUUUGUCCCGGCACGUGGAGAGUGAAAUGGAAAAUUAUCCAGGAUUUGAUAUUGACUUUGUGCCCCCGAUCGCGUUAAAAGCAAAUACUAGAUAUGUGUUUCGUGCGGACAUAAAUGGUCCUCCAUCCUGGUUUGGAGAGGGUGGGCAGUGCUGGGUCAAUCACUCAGGGGUCAACUUUUACUUUGACAACCCCUCGCGUGAGGUUUCCACUUGUGUCGAAACGGGACAGUUUUCAGAAUUUCUUUUUACACUCGAUUGA